UUGCCCACAGAAGUUUGUCUGCCUUUGAGUGGGAGGAGGAAUAGACUGGCUCAUCCAGUGGCCAUGAAGAAAGCACUGGGAGGGAGUUUCCACACAGCCAGAGGAGGCAAGUCAUGCUGAUCUCAGAGAGGAAGACAGGGUUGGUAUGCUGUGCCCCGUGUAAUGAGAGAAAAUGUGGGAAGAUGGUUUAACAGAGUAACCUGGGGCAUUCCGGAAGAAUAAACGCCAUCCAUGCAGGAACAAGUGACAAACAGACUUAAAGGAUGGAGCCGGAAGCGGCAAGAGAAGAGGAGAAGAAAGAAGGCUUGAUUGAGUUUUACGAUUCCUUCAAGGAUAUGUUUGAAUUCUUCUGUAAGAACACAACGAUCCACGGCACUAUCCGCCUCGUGUGCUCGGGCAGCAAUAGGAUGAAAACAGCUUUUUGGACUCUGCUUUUACUUGCCAGCUUCGGCAUGUUGUACUGGCAAUUUGCACUGAUGUUCAGCCAGUACUGGGCCUACCCUGUUGUCCUGACCAUGUCAAUGCAUUCCGAGCCCAAGAUGUUUCCAGCAAUUACUAUCUGCAAUCUGGACCCAUACAGGUUUGAACUGGUUAGUGAACAUUUGGUUCAAUUGGAUCACAUGGCAGAGGAAUCAAUUGCUUUUUUGUACGGCAUCAACGUAUCAGCCAGCUUAUUCCACGUGAACGAGAAAAACAUCCACGUGAAAGACCUGUCAAGCAUAGGCAAUCUCAGCAGAUCUAGCUUCAAGCUGAGCCAAAACUUCUCACUCUUGAGAAUGCCUGACCACAAUAACAGGGCAGGGAAGAAACAUUCCAGCGUGGGCUUCAGGCUGUGCGACGCCACAGGUGGGAAUUGCUUCUACAAGACGUAUUCCUCCGGGAUGGAUGCAAUUCUUGAAUGGUACAGAUUUCACUACAUGAACAUCAUGUCCCAGCUACCAGUUAUAAUCAACAUUUCUGAUCAUGAGGAGCACAUUGAAGAUAUGGUCUACUCCUGCCAGUAUGACGGGGAGCCCUGCAGACCCAGUGACUAUGUUCACUUUCACCACCCAGUCUUUGGAAGCUGCUAUACUUUUAACAGCAAGGGAACGGACUCUUUUUGGACAGCUACAAAACCAGGAAUUCCUUACGGCCUUUCCCUUAUCCUGAGAGCAGAGCAGAAGGAUCACAUCCCACUCCUGUCUACAGUAGCGGGGGUGAAAGUGAUGAUACACAACCACAACCAGACGCCAUUCCUCGAGCAUGAAGGCUUUGACAUCAGACCAGGCAUUGCAACUACCAUAGGCAUUCAGCAGGAUGAGGUGAAUCGCCUGGGUGGCAAUUAUGGGAAAUGCACGACUAAUGGCAAUGAUGUGAAUGUUAAACUCCUGUACAACAACUCCUACACCCUGCAGGCUUGUUUGCAUUCCUGCUUUCAGCACAUAAUGGUUCAAAAAUGUGGCUGUGGCUAUUACUACUACCCGCUGCCUCCCGGCGCUGAGUACUGUGACUACAAUAAGCAGCCUGCAUGGGGUCACUGCUUCUACCAGCUGUACAACAGGCUCAGAAAUCACCACCUGAAUUGUUUUGACCAGUGCCCCAAGCCUUGCCGGGAAUCGCUGUACAAGGUGUCUGCCGGGACAGCUAAAUGGCCAUCAGCCAAGUCUCAGGACUGGGUCCGCCAGGCUCUGAGGCAUCAGAAAGGGUAUAACUCCACCAGCAACAGGAAGGACAUUGCCAAGGUGACCAUCUUCUACCAGCAGCUGAACUACCAGUCUGUGAACGAGUCGCCUCUACUCUCAGAGAAUCUGCUUCUGUCCAGCAUGGGAAGCCAAUGGAGUCUGUGGUUUGGAUCCUCAGUGUUGUCUGUGGUUGAAAUGUUUGAGCUGCUUAUAGAUACGCUGGUCUUGUCUCUCCUCUUCUGCUACCAAAGGCUGAGGUCAAAGAAGACAUUGAAAGUAGCUCGCACUCCUACCAUCCCCAGCGUGAGCUUGACUCUGGAAAACUACCGAGUUGUGCAAGAAGAAGCUGGAAAAGCUGACGAUUCUGCUCAUGAUCACCCUUCUGGAGUCACUAUUGCCAUGGACACCAGCAGUGACCUGCAUCUUGCCCCACUCCCCAGCAAGGUGGAAAUGCCAGAGGUGCGCCCAGAUGUGGUGCUUAAUGGAUAUGGGUGCACGAGGGACAGCUCUGUGGAAGGGGAACGCAGUAGCUGAGGCUGAUGGUGUGCACGGAGGAGUGGGAGACUUGAAACUCCCCUAAUGCUCAGGUGCUGUCGGAAAGGUUGUGGACAGAAACAUUCUGGAUCCAGGAUCUGCGAGCACCUACACCUCUGAGCUUGGCAAGCCUCCCCCAGCUCAAUCCAGUUGAUUAUUAAACCAUCCGUCUGUCCUGGCUUCAGGCACCGUGCGAUGCUCUUGUGUUCCUGACGAGGCUCUGGGGAGGGGAGAAGUGCGCUCCUGCUCCCCGGACCGUCCUCAUUCCUAGCUUUUCACUUUUAAACCCCGGUGAGGAAAUCAGCCUGUGCCUUAAGGCAGGCCCAUCUACAUUUCACAGACGUACUCAAGAGCAGAGCCAGCCCGGCUGUCAGCGGAGAAGUUCCCAGUGGAGGCUCAGGAGCGGGUGCUGCUAUCAGUCAGUGGUGUCCCGAGGGUGACAGAGCAGGUGACGACAGGAGGUGGCUCUGAUGACAGCUUUGCUCCCGAGGCACCUCUCUGUCCUUGACCUACGACUGUUGCACAUUGAGGACAACGCACAGAACGAUGCUGCUGAGAUGCUUUUCGACUUAACCCAGAUUAUUUCAAAUGAGACUUACAAUCUUAGAAGAGAAGAAGUGGGGUUGAUAACUUUUUUUAUGUCACAGGUGAAGCAUCUGAUUUAUUUAGAUUAAAACAGUGCUGCGUUUUUGUUGCAGUCCAUUUAUAAACAGAGAUGUUUUAAUGUUAAUAUUUGACGGUAACUUAUGUGUACAUAAAAUAGCACAUUUAUUUUUGAUUAUGAUGCUUGCACAGGAGCAUUUUACUCUAUUAUAAUCUUGUUUACGACUUUCUGUAGAAGACAAGAGUUAAUAAUAAAUCAAUGAGCUUUGUUUUGUAACUUUUUUAAAUAAUAAAAUGCUCUGAAUACAGGCUGUGACUGGGGGGUUAGUUUGCCUUUUUUUUUUUGCUUUCAACCAGUAUUUGAGUUUGUUACUGCCCACUUCUUAUUUCUAGGUGUUGGCUCUGGAAAAGACUUUUUCAAAACACCCAGACUCACUUACAGAAGUGUAAAUGCACAAAGCCAAAUCACAAAAUGAGUUUUGAUUCCAGGCAUGGAGGUGGGAUCCUCGUAGCCUUCAGUUUGCUGCUGACAUCAUUGGAAGCCGAGCAUCAAGAUGCUUUUGAAAGUCUUACUUUUGUUCGAUUUGCCAGAUGAUUUUUUUUUAUUUUUCAUUCACAAGGAGAACUUGCAGAGAUAUAGACCAAACCCGAAUGAACUGUGCAUUAAAGCAUUUAACGCACUGGCCAGGUUACAAGGAAUGGGAGCAUGUGGGCUCCUUCAGUGCGUGAUUCAGCCUUUUCUCUGGGUCUUCUGCCCUGGGAAAUA